AUGAACAUCAUCUCUGGCUCCUACGAGAGAUUCAUCUGUGGCUUCAAGCUCAAACCCAAAAAACACGACUCUGAAACCCAACCCUCACCCCUCUCUUCUCAUACCUUUCCCACAUCUCCUCCAUCACCACCGUCGCUUGCGCCGGCCCCACCGCCGCUUCUAGUGGCUCCAACGACACAAACCACCUCUACGACCUCCCUUCCGGGUCCUCCCUCGGUUCCCUCCUCGACUAUAACCACACCGCCUCAAUCACCGCCCUCUCCUUCUACACCCCCUCCUCACUCUCCUUCCCUUGCAACCUCAUCUCCGCCGCCAGUGACGGCUCCGUCGCUAUCUUCGACACCAACCCUUUUUUCCUCCUCAAGUCUUUUCGUCUUCAGAAGAAGGCCGUGA